AUGAUAAACAACAUUCUGAGGAUCCUGGCAAUCCUGUGCUGCACGGUGCAUUUACACAGUGGCCAAUUGAUCCGUGACGCGCGAUGUUUCCUGGAGAAUGGUGCCACCGCUGCGCAUCUCUUCGUCAGCGAAGAUCUGCCGGUCGGUGACACCGUGGGUGUCCUGGGAGUUCUAGGGGAUCCUGGACCGCAGGGGGACAUUGAGCUCAGACUCCAGGAAAUCGACAGUCCCGUGUCCUUUGCGGCCUACUCGAAGAACCUAACUCUGAUCAGACCUUUGGAUAAGGAGGGUGUCGAUGGGCCAGCUAGCGUCUACGUAAACGUUAUUUGCGAGAGAAAACACACCUUGGAUCCCGGAUUCGUGAUACCGGUUAAUAUUCGCGUGACCGACGCGAACGACAAUGCCCCGCAGUUCGUGAACGCGCCUUACGUACUCAACAUCUCGGAGGUCACGGUAGUUGGUACCAGAGUGCUCCAAGGAGUACGGGCCGUAGAUGCUGAUCAGCCGGGGCCUUUUUCUACAGUACAAUAUGCCGUCCUGCCUGGACCGCAUUCGGAUUAUUUCGUGUUCGUGAACGCUUUGGAGGGCACUCUGGUUCUGAGGAAACCAUUGGAUUACGAAAUUCUCACAAACUUCUCCGUCAAUAUUCGAGCGCAGGAUCAGGGUAAUCCACCAAAGUCAUCGACCACCACCCUCCACGUGAACGUGAUCGAUGCCGAUGAUCAAAAUCCUGCCUUCCAAAGCGAUCAAUAUAAAAUCGUGAUUCCACGACAAAUAAAAACGAGAAGGAUGUUGAAAGUGGAUCCAGCUCCGAUAAAGGCCGUGGAUCAAGACGUGGGAAUCGGUGCUCCAGUUAAAUACACAAUUCAGGGUGGAAUACUGCCGUUCCUCACGCUCAACCCUGAGACCGCAGAGAUCGUUGUGACGCGUCCACUGUACGAACACGAGCUCUUAUCGCAGGCGACGAUCGUUUUAAAGGCUACGCAGGUAGACAAUCCAGACAAGUAUGCACUUUCAACGAUAGUAGUUUCCCGGGAGAGCGACUGGAUCGUGGAACCCACCGCAGGUGGAAGAUUACCUGUGAAAUUCAUACGGCGUGAUCAUCAAACGAGCAUCCCGGAAAACACCCCGCCAGAAAGCGUCGUGUUGACGACAGGCGUAAACAAAGUGGAUUCCAAUUUAAAAUUCUGGCUGGUUGGGGCGAUCGAAGAUCUAGAGAGGUUCUCUAUCACCAAUUCCGGCGAACUGAUCUUGAAGGGCACUUUGGAUUACGAAAGAAGGAUCCAGCACAGUUUCUUAGUCUGUGUCACCGACGGCCACCAUAACGACACGUCGCGAGUGAAUGUCUCCGUCGAGGAUGUAAACGAAUGGGAACCCCGAUUUCGACAUCCCAGAUACGAAUUUCACGCUGCAACCUUGAAAGAGGGAUCCAUUGUUGGAAAACUGGAAGCUGCCGAUGGAGACAGAGACGACAAGAUCAGUUUGUCGCUCAGAGGUCCGGAUGCAAGGUACUUCGAGAUACGCGACAAUGGAGAGUUGAUUCUCAGAUCGUCGACGACUAUCAACGGGUCUUUGGCUCGUUUGGUAGCCGUGGCUUCCGAUUCGGGACGCCCUCCUAGAUCCAGCAUGAUCCCAGUGAUCGUGCACAUACCCAAUAGCGGCUCGUUACCAGUCGCUGCUAGAGCUGCACCUGCUUGGUUGGGCAGUAGCGUUCUUCUGGUUGCUGUCUUUGGUGCUGUCUUGGGCCUUCUUGGAGUCAUUAUACUCGUGUUAAUUUUGUACAUAUAUAAACAUAAGAGACCGAAAACCAGCGGGUCCGUGAGUUCCGUGGGAACUGCCUACCGUGAAAAAUCCCCGGUUCCCUCUGCUUUGAGCCCGACUCCCCAGGUGCUCGGUGCGAGCAUGCUCCAAGAUGCUCUCCAAGUACCUUGCAGGGGGAAUCGUUCCGAGAUCGCGCACAGCAUCGACGAAAACGACGAAGAGGCCGACGCUGCAAACGAAGACGAACGCGUCGAGCACGAAAUCGUCGACGAUAACGAUCACGGCGCGACGAGGGACACAAAUAAUGACGUGAACGAUCUCGAGAAUCCUGUUUUUGGGGCGAGGAACCCCUACGGCGCGACGAUUACAAGUUUAUCGUCGGCCAGACAAGUGCCCUUAUACGCGAGGCACAAAGUAGCCCCAGCCCCGAAUCCACCAGGUUUAUCCGCGACGUCGAAUAUCCCCAACAUCGGCGGCCUGGUUCAGAACAUGAACGACUUGAGCGCAAAGUCUAAUUUGAACACAGUUUCUUGCGAAUCUUCCAAUUACUCCGCGGAUCUUCCAGACUCGUUGGUGCCCGCCUGGCCCGCCUGCUCCGUUUCCCAGAGGGUUAAAAAACUAUCCUGGGACGACGACGACAGGACAGUGGACAGCGUCGAAGUAGCCGCCGAAACGAGAUCGAGAAACAGCCAAACGGGGACCGAACGACUAAAUCUCACCGUGUACUUUUAA